GAAGUUAUAUAAUUUUAAAGCAAUAGAAAUAUUGAAAUAAAAUCUAUAGCAUAGUAUGAGAAUUGUUUAUAUAAACUUGAGACGAAAUGUUUCAUUCCAAUGAACGGAAAAAUGAAAUGCUAUUAGAAUUGUUGAUUCAGUAUAUCAAUUAUCAACUGAUCAAGAAAGGAAACGAUGACCAAAUUAAUUACACCAAACAUCUCGGAGUUUCAAACGAAAAUUAAAGAGCGGCAAACCUCGCAUUGGGCCUUGAAACGUGAAGAGCCAAUAGAAAAACAAAACAAACCCACCCACAUCUUUGCAUCACAAGCGUGAAGCAGAAUGUUGACCUUUUCUGUUUACAUGCAAAAUCUUUGUACAACUAUCAUCGUGCCUUGACCCCACGAUUCUCGGCCACGUGUUUCCUAUCCCCUCACCCCCUCUAUUUUCUUCUCUUGCUGUCAUCUUCUCUGCUCUUUGGUUUAGUAACGGUUUCCUUCCCCCAUUUUCUUCUUUCAUAGGACUCUUUCCAACCAACACCAGUAUCCCACCAUUACCGUAACUUUCUUUCUUUUUCUUUUUCACUAAAAUUUUUAACACUUUCCUUUACUUUUUAAUGUAGAAACAAAGACAAAACCCCUUCAAGUUUUUCCUUUUCUUUUUUAAGACUAUAUAUGUUCUUUUUGUAGUGCUUUUAAUUUAGAUUCUAAUGCAAAAUUUUGGAUUUUUACUUUGUUUUUGGUUCUAAGUAGAAAGAAAGAGAAACACUUUUCUUGUACACGAAACAUAAAGAAAACCUUCAUGUUGUGUUGUUAAGUAAUUUCCCCGAAACUCCUUUGAUAUUGGAACACACAAAAACAAAAAAGACCCAUGUUUUCUUAGCUCAAGAAGAGGCAAGAAAGCUGUAGAAAAUCGAAACUUUUUUUUUUGGAGAAAGUGAAGGAAAAGAAUGGCUGGGAACGAGUGGAUAAACGGGUAUUUGGAAGCAAUAUUGGACAGUGGAGCAGCAGCUAUCGAGGAGCAAAAGCCAGCAACGGUGAAUUUGAGAGAGAGGGGUCAUUUCAAUCCAACAAAGUACUUCGUUGAGGAGGUGGUGACAGGUGUUGAUGAGACUGAUUUACAUAGAACAUGGAUCAAGGUUGUUGCCACCCGGAAUACCAGGGAACGUAGUUCAAGGCUUGAGAACAUGUGCUGGCGCAUUUGGCACCUCACCCGUAAAAAGAAGCAGUUGGAGUGGGAAGAACUGCAACGAUUGGCCAAGCGGAGAUGGGAACGAGAACAAGUGCGCAGGGAUGCCACCGAGGACUUGUCCGAAGACUUGUCAGAAGGAGAGAAGGGAGAUGCUUUUGGUGAGUUGAUGCAAGCUGAGACCCCAAGGAAAACAUUCCAACGAAACUUUUCUAACUUGGAAGUGUGGUCAGAUGACAAACAGGAAAAAAAACUUUACAUUGUCCUUAUCAGUUUGCAUGGUUUAGUCCGAGGAGAUAACAUGGAGCUUGGUCGAGAUUCUGACACUGGUGGACAGGUCAAAUAUGUGGUAGAACUUUCUAGGGCUCUUGCAAAGGUGUCAGGAGUGUAUAGAGUUGAUCUUUUUACUCGACAAAUCUCAUCACCGGAAGUUGAUUGGAGCUAUGGUGAACCUACAGAGAUGCUAACGCUUGCUGAUGAAGAUGGAGAUGGCAAUGAUGGUGAGAGUAGUGGAGCAUACAUUAUAAGGAUUCCUUUUGGUCCGCGUGAAAAGUACCUUCGUAAAGAAUUACUGUGGCCCUAUAUUCAGGAAUUUGUAGAUGGUGCUUUGGCUCAUAUUCUAAAUAUGUCAAAAGUUCUUGGUGAACAAAUUGGUGGGGGCCAACCUGUGUGGCCUUAUGUUAUCCAUGGCCAUUAUGCUGAUGCUGGGGACAGUGCUGCUCUUCUCUCAGGUGCUUUAAAUGUCCCAAUGGUUUUAACAGGUCACUCUCUUGGGAGAAACAAGCUCGAGCAGCUGCUUAAACAGGGACGACAGUCAAAAGAAGACAUCAAUUCAACAUACAAGAUUAUGAGAAGAAUUGAAGGAGAAGAACUUUCCCUUGAUGCUGCAGAACUAGUUAUCACUAGUACCAAGCAGGAGAUUGAAGAGCAAUGGGGCCUUUAUGACGGGUUUGAUGUCAAGCUUGAAAAAGUUUUACGUGCCCGUGCUAGACGUGGAGUAAACUGUCAUGGUCGCUAUAUGCCAAGGAUGGUGGUUAUUCCUCCUGGCAUGGACUUCAGUAGUGUUGUAGUUCAAGAAGAUACCCCUGAGCUUGAUGGAGAACUUGCCACGCUCGUUGGUGGUGCUGAUGGGUCAUCUCCAAAGGCAAUUCCGACAAUGUGGUCAGAAGUGAUGAGGUUUUUCACAAAUCCCCACAAGCCAAUGAUCUUGGCCUUAUCUAGACCUGAUCCAAAAAAGAACAUAACCACUCUCGUGAAAGCCUUUGGAGAAUGUCGUCCUUUACGAGAGCUUGCUAAUCUUACACUUAUAAUGGGAAACAGAGAUGAUAUUGAUGAAAUGUCUGGAGGGAAUGCUAGUGUGCUCAUAACAGUUUUGAAACUUAUUGAUAAGUAUGACCUCUAUGGGCUGGUGGCCUAUCCAAAGCAUCACAAACAGUCUGAUGUUCCAGAUAUUUAUCGACUUGCAGCAAAAACAAAGGGAGUUUUCAUAAAUCCUGCUCUGGUUGAGCCUUUUGGACUUACCUUGAUAGAGGCAGCAGCUCAUGGGCUUCCAAUGGUGGCUACCAAAAAUGGUGGACCAGUUGACAUCCAGCAGGCACUAAAUAAUGGCCUUCUUGUGGAUCCCCAUGAUCAGCAAGCAAUUGCUGAUGCCCUGCUUAAGUUGGUAUCAGAGAAAUACUUAUGGCAUGAGUGCAGAAAGAAUGGUUGGAAGAAUAUACACCUAUAUUCAUGGCCUGAACACUGCCGUACUUACUUGACCAGGGUGGCAGCUUGUCGAAUGAGAUAUCCUCAGUGGCAAACAGAUACACCGGGGGAUGAAAUCGCUGUUGAAGAAUCAUCUCUCAAUGACUCGCUUAAGGACGUGCAAGACAUGUCUCUUAGGCUGUCUAUUGAUGGAGACAAAUCUUCAAUAAAUGAUUCCCUAGACGCUGUGGCUACAUCUGCUAGUGACCCUGAGCUGCAAGACCAAGUAAAACGAGUCCUAAGCAAGAUAAAGAAGCCAGAAACAAACUCAAAAGACACAGAGGGAAGGAAAUUUGCAAAUGUGGCAAGCAAGUAUCCAAUUUUGAGGAGGCGACGUAGAUUGAUUGUUGUAACACUUGACUGCUAUGACAGCAAAGGGAUCCCUGAGAAAAAGAUGGUUCAAAUUGUACAAGACAUAAUUAAGGUUGUUCGGAUGGACGCUCAAACUGCAAGAGUCACAGGGUUUGCUAUAUCAACAGCUAUGCCAGUCUCAGAAACAAUAGAGUUCUUGAAAUCAGCAAAGAUUCAAGGAAACAAUUUUGAUGCUCUGAUCUGUAGCAGUGGCAGUGAAGUGUAUUACCCUGGUACUUACAUAGAAGAAGACGGAAAACUUUUUCCUGAUCCUGAUUAUGCAUCUCAUAUUGCUUAUCGUUGGGGCUAUGAGGGUCUAAAGAAGACAAUUUGGAAGUUGAUGAACCCUGAAGGAGAAGAAAAAUCCACAUCUUCAUCUAGCCCCAUCGAGGAAGAUGUGAAAUCAAGCAAUGCCCAUUGUUGUGCAUACUUUGUAAAGGAUCCCAGUAAGGUAAAGAAAGUGGAUGAUUUGAGGCAGAAGCUUAGGAUGCGAGGUCUCCGUUGCCAUCCAAUGUAUUGCAGGAACUCAACUAGAAUGCAAGUUGUUCCUCUUUUUGCAUCUCGAGCACAGGCACUGAGGUACCUUUUCGUGCGUUGGAGACUGAAUGUUGCAAACAUGUUUGUCAUUGCUGGUGAAACUGGAGACACCGAUUAUGAAGAAUUGAUAUCCGGAGCUCAUAAGACUUUGAUCAUGAAAGAAGUCGUGACGAAGGGUUCCGAAGGAUUGCUUAGAACAAUUGACCUGAAACUGAGAGACGACAUUGUUCCGGUCGAUAGCCCUUUGAUCACCAGCAUUAAAGGUAGAGCAACAGCAGAUGAGAUUGCUAAUGCUUUAAAAGUAUUAUAUAAAGCAAGCCUCUAGAGUCUAAAAGCUGCUAGCAGCAUGAGAUGGUAGUCUCCAUUCCUUAAUUCCAAUAGAAACUCUUGUUACAUCCUUUUUUUUUAAUGCUGUAGAGGAUUGAGAAUUUUCCUUUCCUAGACCAUUCUCCAACAUUUUUCUGUCAAAUGUAGUUAGAUGAGUUUCAAACGCUUCUGCGAUCAGGUUAUACAUGCAAUCUGGUCUACAAUGGCCACUAGUAAUAUUUUCUUCUAUUUUAUGUAAAUUUGGCAAUUUUAAACAUAAUAUAAUGAAACGAUAUGAAA